AUGUCGAACCUGCAGGCUUCAAAUCUGUUCUCUGUACAGGACCGCGUAGCGGUGAUCACCGGUGGAGGCAGCGGACUGGGUCGCAUCAUAGCUCGUGCCCUGGCAAUCAACGGUGCCUCGAAGGUUUUUGUACUCGGCCGACGUGAAGACGCUCUUCACGAGACUGUCGCUCAGGCCCCGUCCGGCAUCGUCGUUCCCGUUCAAUGCGAUGUCACUUCGAAAGAGUCGCUUGAGUCGGCAUACUCCGCGGUCGCAGCACAAACAACCCAUGUGGAUAUCUUGUUUGCCAACAGCGGCAUCAUGGGCCCGAUGAUGCGUCAGACUCCAAAGCCAGAUGGAUCCCUUCCUACUCUGUCGGAAGUCCGUGACGAGUUGUUUUCUAUCCCGAUGGAGGAAUUCACGAAGGUCAUGGAUGUCAAUGUGACCGGGGCUUACUACACUGCUCUAGCAUUCCUGCCUCUUCUAGAAGCUGCCAAUAAGAGACGCCCCGCUCCACAGGUCGGUGUCAUGACUCUCCCGACUGCUCAGGUGAUUUUCACCAGCUCCAUUGCGGGUUACAACCGCAAGGUGCCUUUCAGCUAUGCAUACAAUGUGUCUAAGGCUGCAGUCACGCAUGUGGUCAAGACACUAUCAACUAACCUCUUGCCUUAUCAUAUCCGAGUCAAUGGUAUUGCCCCUGGAUUGUACUAUUCCGACAUGGCAAGCCAGAUCUUCGAAGACGGUGGUGUCGCGGGUGGCGGCGUCUCGGAAGGCUCACAUCCUGCUGCCUUGGUCCCUCUGACGCGCAGUGGAAGUGAAGAGGAUUUUGCUGGUCUGGUUAUCUGGAUGUCUAGUGCCUCGGGUGGUUAUGUCAACGGUGCUAUGAUGCUUACAGAUGGUGGCCGUAUUAGCUCGUUGCCAUCGACCUACUGA